CAUCAACUACUCUUCAGCUGAAGAACCAUGCUUCACGCCGACGACCGCGUGUCGCAAGCCUGGCAGGUUGUAGAUCCUACGCACGUCAAAUCACUCUCAUGCUCUCAAACGGUGGAUUAUGACAAUCCCCCUGUUACGCCGGCGAGCCAAACAUGCCAAAGUACGGACGGGAUGCCGCACUUGUCGCGACCGACACGUGAAGUGUGACGAGCAACGGCCGACGUGCAAGCGCUGCGAGGACGCCGGAAAAGCCUGCGCUGGCUACGAUGCGGCCCAAGUAUGCCCUCCAAAACCCCAAUUGGCCCGCCAAAACCCGACCUUGCGCAGUUUGGCCAGCUUCGCUUGCCCCCUGACGAGUCGAGAGAAGCAUGCCGUCGACUUUUUCCGACUUCGUGCUAUCCACCAGAUGCCAGGCAGCUCCUGGCUGCUUGCAUGGGACCGUCUUGUUCUCCCACUGUUCCAGACUGAGCCCGCCGUUCUGCACGCCGCCGCGGCUUUGGCAUCGCUGCAACGAGGCCUGAUUCCACUCUCCCCUGCCUUCGAUGGCGUCGAUCAGGCAGAGGAUCUUCGAUUCGCGCUCGAACAAUACAACCGAACAAUCUCCUCCCUGGGCGCGAAUAUCGAGCUUCUAGAGAAGCAGCGCUCAGCCAGCGCUGCAGAAGCUGUCCUCGUGGUGUCACUACUCCUGUUCGCCUUUGAGCUUCUGCAUGGAAACGAAUCCCGUGCCAGCAUACAUCUCCGCGGUGGCAUGAAGGUCCUGAUGCAACAACUCCAGUCAACUCCACGGACGAAUGAGGGCGCCUCUGAAGGAGGUGAGGUGGUGUUACGUGCUGAACCGCGAUCGCUAAUGGACCUCUUGACUCAUGGCUUUGUCCGACUGGAUGCCGACUUGUCUCUACUUGCCGGCCAGAGUCCUACUCUUUACCCCACCGUUAAUGGACAAAUACCGUCGGCUUUCUCCUCAUUACGAGAAGCUGCCGUGCAUCUCGACGCCAUCGAACGAGACGUAGGAGACACCUGGUGCGAGAUGUUCAAGCUUGCCGAGGAAUACGUCUACCAGUCCUAUGAGAACGCAGAAACUGUAAACGAGGAGAUACUGGAGCUGCUCAUUAUCGCGAAAUCUCGCACAAUACCACUUGAUUCGGCGCCCGAGGUCGAGCGGAAAACGGAAAAGAUCACAGCCACCUUGACGCAAUGGAUGUUCGCGUUCGCGGCGCUCCCUAUAGCCGGCGAGAAGAGGCUGGAGCGGAUCCUCGUGGAAGCGCAGUUCUUCUGCCUUUGGAUGACUGCUGGUACAUGGCAAGACGAGGACGAGCAGCCGACCGACCGCUUCCUUGACCAAUGCAAGCACAUGCUAGACUCCAUCGCGUUGUACGUGAAGCGUCACCAGGCAUUUAUUGCCGAAUCUGGGUCGGAAACCCCGGAAACAACCGCACAAACCCAACCUGCAUUUGCUGUUGGUACUGCUCUUGGUCCGGCGCUGAGGGUCAUCAUUGAACGCUGUCGGGACUCGCUCCUUCGACGGCAGGCCAUAAGUCUUUUGCGGGGUAUGAACAUGCGCGGCGUACACGAUGCAGAAUUUCUAGCCUCAUUCUACGAGGCGCUUGUGGAUCUGGAAGAGAGCCAGGCCAGAGACAUGCUUGGCCAACCGGCUCACGCCCUAUUUCAAUGCCACCACAUCCCUUCAGCAGCACGGAUUUUGGAGAGUCGCAUUGGGAACCCUGAGCUGUAUGACGAUUUCUACCACCGGCCAUAUGGGCACAUGCUGUACAUCACCUUGGAUGCUGAGGGUGAAGCUCAAGCACACUCUCAAGUCUUCUUCGUCCCAAGACCUGGAUCCCCUGCGAGCGUAAAUACAGUUCUUCCUGGACAUGGUUUCCCGGAAGUGUCUACUCUGGCACCAACUGCCCCAUCGCCCUCCAAAAGUCACACCUGAAUCCCCGCCCGCCUUCCCAAGUAUACGCAUUGACAAGCGUUAUAUUGUUCAGAUCGCCCGGCAAGCCACAGGUUUCCAAGUGUUCCAAAGCAU